AUGUUAGAUAGCGAAUAUUCUGAAAGUGCCGCGUUGGAAUCUCUUGGAAUAACCAGAUAUUGUUGUCGUCGAAUGCUUAUAUCUCAUGUUGAUUUUAUUCAUAAAAUUUUAACAUUUACUCCACCAGAAUCCUCAAUGAUAGGAAUCGGAACAGAUCACUAUAAUUCCACUUUUAGAAUUGAUUCUGAAAUGGAAGAACCACCUAUCACACCUUUCAACAACGAUGAAUUAGAUUUUACAAAUGGAAAUUCUCCGAGAUAUGACGUUGAAAGAUCUCCAACGUAUGUUUCUAGUAAGGAUCAAUUUGUUCUUAGAACUCCUAUAGACGCAUCUAUUAUCUCAAUGGAUCAAUCUUUUCUUCUUGAUGACAAAUCUCCGAGAUACGUUCCAAGCGAAGAUUCUUCAAGGUAUUCUCAAAAUGAAGAAUAUUUUUCUGAAUCAACGGGACAAAUAUAUCAAAGUUGUCCUACCUAUGAACUUGCAUCUUAUACGGAUGAUGGUUCCCCUACAUAUCAACCUGAACAAAUAGGAGACAAUUGUUCUUCACAAUAUUUACCUGAACAUGAACAAACAAAUGAUGAUAAUUCUCCUUAUUAUGAUUUUUAA